AUGAAGUUAUGUGACUUUGGUUUGGCUAAAGAGGUCCUAAAUUGUGAUCCGUUUAAUGUGUCUAAAGCCAAACAUACGGCAGAUGUGGGAAAUGUUGACUAUAUGGCACCGGAAGCUCAGACUAUUUCGCUGCCUUUAGUGGAUCCCAAAAGUGAUGAAAUACUUGUGAAGAAUCUCUUUGUGGGCAUCAAUGCCACGGAUCUGAACAUCACUGCCGGACGCUAUUUCAAACACGACGACCCGCCCAUCCCUUAG